AUGGAUGCAUCAAACAGUACGUCAAGACUAUCAGACUAUGCAAUGACAAUAACUCGUGACGCGACAGACAAAGCAAGCAGACAUGAAGUUAGGCCAAUUGACCAACAUGAGUUCGAGAUGAUAGAUGGAGGUUUAAGAGGCCGUGCAAAUAUUCACACAAGAAUAUGCACUUGUCUCAAGUUUGAUUAUUAUGAAAUCCCUUGUUCACAUGUGAUUGCUGCAUGCAGGGUUCAGAAUAUUGAUCCUAUCUCUCUUUGUUCAUGGGUAUACUCUAUUGAAUCAGUGUUGGCUGCAUAUGCUGAACCUAUACGACUAGCUGGACACUUUUCGGGUUGGAAGCAAUCAUCGACCUUCAUCAAUGUGGAAACAUUGCCUCCAAAAAGAGUUCCAAGAUUAGGUCGCCCACGAACAACAAGAUUUCCUUCUGCAAAUGAAUUUCGUCAAGUCCAUAGGUGUUCUAGAUGUGGGCAAAAGGGUCACAACAAAAAGACAUGCAAUCAAUCUUUCAAUACUGCCGAGUGA